AUGGCUUUUUCUGUUUCUGGAGGGACCGUGUUCACCAUCCUUCUCAUUAGCAGUUUCCGGGGCCUGCCCUGUCACCCAUCAAAGCUACAGCUGCGACCUAUCCUACCCUGCACCUGGGUGACAGUGUUGGAGCCCGGAUCAAAGGGAGAACCGGAACGUCUAUGUGGCAAUCUUAAGGAGUACCGAGUCCCACCUGCCGCUGUACGUGGUUUGCCGUUCUGCGCCAUGGCACUUUUCGCCGGACUUACUGGUGCAAGACGAAAGUAUCAGAGGAUUGUUGGCCAGCUGAUUUACAGCGGCUCAGACCAGGACUAUUAUGACUAUUCUGGGGAUGAAGACACAGCGGGUUCAGGCAGCGACAGGAGAGGCAGCAAAUGGAGGAAGAGGAACGAGCAAUGUCAAUCUGUCGGUUUGGUUGGUCAGUUGGUUCAGUCCAGACUGAAGUUGUUAGAGAAUUCUAUGCUCAACGCAGAAGUAAAAGAAGGAGAGAUUCUGCCUCCCACCAUUCAGAGGCUGAUGAAAGGAUACAACAAGUACCUCAGGCCUUUCUUUGACAAUGGUCCUGUAACGGUGGGCAUGAGCCUGGACAUUGCCAGCAUUGACACCAUCUCAGAGAUCAACAUGGACUACACCGCCACCAUAUUCCUCCGUCAGCGCUGGACGGACGAGCGUUUGGUGUUCGAGGGCAACAAGAGCCUGAGCCUUGACGGAAGGCUGGUGGAGCUGCUCUGGGUCCCCGACACCUUUAUCGUCGACUCCAAGAAGUCCUUCCUCCAUGACAUCACCGUGGAGAACAGGCUGAUCCGUAUCUUCCCCAACGGGACCGUCCUCUACGCGCUGAGGAUUACCACCACCGUGGCUUGCAACAUGGAUCUGACCAAAUAUCCCAUGGACAAGCAGACCUGCACACUACAACUGGAGAGCUGGGGUUACAACGUCAAUGAUGUCAUGUUCUACUGGACCAGAGGAAAUGAGUCUGUCAGUGGUUUAGACACUCUACAGCUGGCUCAGUACACAGUGGAGGACCAUUACACAUCUGUCUCAGAGGCCGUUUAUGAAACUGGCAAUUACCCAAAGCUGGUCUUCCACUUUGAGCUGAAGAGGAGCAUUCUCUACUUCAUCCUAGAGACUUACGUUCCCUCCAGCCUGCUUGUUGUCCUCUCAUGGGUUUCCUUCUGGAUCUCCCUGUCCUCUGUUCCAGCACGUAUCUGUAUAGGAGUGACCACAGUGCUGACCAUGACCACUCUGAUGAUGGGAGCCCGGACGUCACUGCCCAAUGCCAACUGCUUCAUUAAGGCCAUUGAUGUUUACUUGGGAAUCUGCUUCAGCUUUAUCUUUGGAGCGCUCAUUGAGUAUGCCGUGGCUCACUUCUGCACCCUCACUCACGCCGAUGCGCACAUGCUGAUGUACACCCACCACAUGCACGAGUUUGAUGACGAAAUGAACGGCAUCGUCACCACCAUCUCCAGUCAUGCUAACAGGGUCAAGAGACGCAAGGAGCCUGCAGCAACUCCUGCCCCAGCUCCCACCUCCCUAGAACUCACUGUCAACCCGUCCAGCCCCUCAGGCAGUGAGCCUAAGCCCGAGGCGUCGCCUCCGGAGCCCACCAACCGGUGCCUCACUGUUCUGGCCACCAUUCGCAAAGUGCUCAGCUACAUAUAUUGCUGUCACGUGGAGAACCCCCACCACAUAGACAACUACUCCAGAGUCACCUUCCCCCUCUCUUUUGUCAUGGUUAACCUGCUCUACUGGACAUAUUAUCUGUACUUUUAGCAUUCGCUUGAGUGCAGCAUGUGUCCCAGAGAGUGCAAGACAGAGAGUGUAUGUAGACAAAAGGUGUACUUUACCGUAUGUAUGUACAGUAAGUGUUAUUUAGGUGUGUUUUGAGAUGAGUGUGGAAAAUUUCUACAUUUGGAUUCAUAAGCAUUGUAGCAUACUCAUAUAGGGUUGAUUUUGGGGAAAAGUAAUGCUUAUGAUUACAGCUCCAUUUUUAAAUAUCAAUGUGUAGUUGAUUUGAGUCGCUUUAAAUUUUAUGCAGCUGUUUUUGUUAAAAACACGCCCACCUCAGAGCACCUUGUUUGCUGAGUGGUUACAGUGCACGCCACAUAGCUGCAGCAUUGCCAGACUGAUUCCAUCCUUUGACCUUUGUUGCAUGUCUCUCUCCCCCCAUUUCCUGUUUGCCUUAGUCACUGCCCAAUGAAGACACAAAAACAAAACAGGUCCACCUGACACUGACUAAGAUGAGAUUUGAUCAAUUAUAAUACACCUUGAGAUGAAAAGUACAUUGCUUACAAAGAAAAAAUUGAGCAGUCUGAAUACUUUUCGCUGUAGUAUAUUCAUUUUAAGUGCAUCACCAUACAGGCUGUUACUGUCUGACACGGAGAAGAUGGAGCUGUAAUUUAAGGCUUUAUAGCAGAAUUUGCUAGCGUUGCUGAGGGAGAGCAAAUGCCCGUUCCACUUUGAUAUCUGUUGUGAUGGAUUGAUCAUUGACACUUUACAACUUCAUUUUCCAUUUCUACCCGCAGGUACAACAUUUAGAGGGAAAUAGAAAAAUAAUGGAUAUGAGAAGAGGGAUGAAAAAGAGAGAUGGGCGAGCUGAAAAAAUAACUCAACAAGGAGGGUGUGUUAAAAACUAUAAAGUUUUCCAAGGGCGGUCACGUCCCCUCGCUGUUGAAAUCUCUCUUCUGUGUCCUUGUGUGAGUUAUUUUUAAUUCACUGAGCAGCGCCGUCUCUCUAUGCCUGCAUUUAUUUCUUUCAUUGACACUAUCAAUGUAGUGGCCUUUGAUUCCUUCAGUUGUAUUCUGGAAAUCUAGCCACAAUGAAUCGUAUUAUGGCACUAGUCAUCACACAAAUCUGUUCUGCAAUUUCAAGGCAACAAGGCAGCCUGUGGAACACUAUUAAACUACAAAUUGUACACAUUUUUAUUUUAGAAGUUAUAUGGCAUACAUGCAUUUUGUAAUAAAUAAUCACGAUUGAAUAGA